UGCUGGCUUAGCCUUCUUCAGUCUACGACCAUGUCAGAAAGUCAAGACCACCGCACGGUCUUACUCCUCGGUAGGACAGGAAAUGGAAAGUCAACCUGCGCCAAUGUCAUCGCUGGUUGUGACAGUGACGAUCCGGAACAACAACUUUUUAGGGAGAGCGAAACCGCGGUUAGUGAAACCAAAGACAUUCACGAAAAGACGAUUAGAAUCGAGUGGAGAAGACAAACCUAUCACGUGACCAUAGUCGAUACAAUUGGUAUUGGAGACACUGCCUUGCCAAAAGAAGAAGUGCUAAAAUCUUUAUCUACAAUCUGCUCCAAAUAUAAAGGCGGCUUGAGCAGCGUCUUCUUUUUGGUUAAAGGCAGAAUGACAAAAGAAGAAGCUGAUGCGUUGGAUAUCAUUUGCAAGGUACUUUUCACUCCACAAAUCUGUACUGUGACGACAUUGAUUCGAACCAAUUUUCCCGGAUUCAUGAUGCCUAAUAAAGUUUCUGCUGACAUAGCUGCCUUGGAACAAGACGAACCAGGCCGCAAAGUCAUGUCAAUGGUGAGUAAUGUAAUUCACAUCGACAACCCACCAUUGAUAUACCCACACGGAAAAGAGACGAGGGCACAGUCACGCGAAGCACUACUAGCAAAAAUCGUUCUUUCUGAGCAAGUGUACAAACCACCGGAGAUAGCUGAAGUGAAUAAGCGCAUCUCGAAUUACCUAGAAGAAACGGCUACUGCAGAAGAGAAAAUAGCUAGGAUGGAAGCAGAAAGAGUAAAGGCUCAAAAGGAGCUAGAAAUAGCUCGCAAGGAAGCAGCUGCUAAUGAAGAAAGAGCAAGACUAGCUAGAGAAGAAGCUGACAGGCUUCGGCAAGAGAAUGCCUUGCGCAGGCAAAGGAUAUCACAUACUCAUCAUUCAAGAUCAGGUUGCUGCAUAUCGUAAGAGACAAUGCGGGGCAGGGCUAAUAACAUGAUAUUAUAUACAUUCAUGCAUGAGGUGAUCGAUAA